UCCUUCGUUUAAUUGGCUAGAAUUCGCCAGAUAUUACAGAAGGGCGAUAAACGCAUUGCACCGACGUUUUGAAUACGGUAACAUGGAAGAGCCAGUUAGCUAAUAAGCGAACAUUUUGGCUUUACAAUAUGAAAACAUCUUAACUAUGCAACAAAAGUAGCUGUGUAAAUCACGUCUUCAAUAGCAAAAUAACGUCUGUUUUCAUCUGGAAAUAGGAGGGGUUACUUUUUGGGAAAAAGAGUCUUGCUGGCGGUGGAGACGGCGUGUGUGUCGUUCACACUAGGCACAAGGCUAGUAGGACACACUUCCCUGGCUGCAACAAACAGUUUCUGGGCAGUGCGCAAACGCACCAUCGUCAUCCAGGCAAAGGCAUGCCCAUACAGUGUGUAGUAGCAUGAGGAGCCCAGCCCACCACUGCAGGGACAUCGAGAGGCAAGCUGGUUACCUGCAGCCGGAGCACUGCAGCCCUCCCCCUCCCCUGGAAAGGCCCAGCACUAUGUGGUUCAUCCGGGAUGGCUGUGGCAUCGUGUGCGGCGUCAUAACCUGGCUCCUGGUCUUCUACGCCGAGUUUGUGGUGCUGUUCGUGAUGCUGCUGCCCUCCAAGAGCCUGACCUACAGCUUAAUCAACGGCACGCUCUUCAACAGCCUGGCCUUCCUCGCCCUGGCCUCUCACUUCAGAGCCAUGUGCACUGACCCUGGGGCUGUGCCAAAAGGAAAUGCCACAAAGGAGUUCAUCGAGAGCCUGCAGCUCAAGCCUGGCCAAGUGGUGUACAAGUGCCCCAAGUGCUGCAGCAUCAAACCUGACCGAGCCCACCACUGCAGUGUAUGCAAGCGAUGCAUUCGGAAGAUGGACCACCACUGCCCCUGGGUCAACAACUGUGUGGGGGAAAACAACCAGAAGUACUUUGUGCUUUUCACAAUGUACAUCGCGUUGAUAUCUCUUCAUUCCUUGGUGAUGGUUGCAUUUCAUUUCCUCUACUGCUUUGAGGAAGAUUGGACAAAGUGCAGUACCUUCUCACCCCCGGCGACGGUCAUCCUCCUCAUCCUCCUAUGCUUCGAGGGGCUCCUCUUCCUCAUUUUCACAUCUGUGAUGUUUGGCACCCAAGUCCAUUCCAUCUGUACCGAUGAAACGGGCAUAGAGCAGUUGAAAAAGGAAGAGAGAAGAUGGGCUAAAAAAACUAGAUGGAUGAACUUGAAGGCGGUGUUUGGACACCCCUCGUCUAUAGCAUGGCUCAGUCCAUUCGCCAGGCCCGACCAUGGGAAGGCAGACCCCUACCAGUAUGUGGUGUGAGACCAGCGGACACAGCUCACACUUCUCACCUUGUUCAUGCCCCUCUUCUCCCCGCCCCCGCCCCCUCCCCCUCCUUCCUGCCCUGUCCUUCCAGUGCAAGGACCCAUACAUCCGGGCAUGCGGGCUCGUCUCCUCAUUGGCUGCGCUGAACACAAUUGUAAACUAACGCGCACUUUUUUUUUUUGUCAGCCGUUUAAUUAUCUGUCGUUUUUUUGUUUUGUUUGUUUAAAAAAAAAAAUCAGUUGCAGAGAAAAAGAAUGACCUGUCAUACCUGUCAACUUAACCUGUCGAAUCUGCCUUCGUUUAAUCUGCUUUUUUAAAACUUUGUAACUUUUUGUCGUUUGUUUCUUUACCUGAAGCUGUUUACUGUAUUAACCGAUUCCCUUUUCCUCCUGUUCACACCAGUGUCUCGCCUUUAAAAAAAAAAAAAAAAAAAAAACCUUCAUGUUUCCUCUGUUAUAGAUCACAGCAAAUGUAGUCUUUCUCAGCGGGGGAAAGAGGCAGAGGUCAAGAGGCUGCUUGUGCAGUACUGCUGUGGCUAGGAAGGAAAAGAUAUGGAGUGUCUGAUGAAUCCAGCCCAUUUACUGGGUAUUCAUAAAUUUAAAACCAUGCCUGCUUAAAAUGUCAGGAUUUUAGUCUGACAUUAAACGAUAGUCAACGCAUUUAAAAAUAUGAAAGAAAAUUUCCCUUAAGGAUUUUGUGGCAUUUUUAGUGUACGAGACUGACAUAAAUCUUGACUCAUCCUGCUAUUAUAGUCAGAACCGCUCUCAGUUGGUUGGCAACUGUCAUAUCGCCCCUCUCACUGUAUGUUCUACCCUGUGGAGAGCUGGUGGACUGGGUAGCAGUUUCUGGUAGUUGUGUUCAGUCCUGUUUGGGCAGAUUUAGAAUAGUUAGAGCAUGCUUUGAGGUGCAUUCUUAAUCACCACCCAAUAGUCCUGAAUGUUUACACAAGUACAAAACCUGGUGUUCUGCAACCUCUCAUGGAAUAUAAUGGCUUUCUCUCUGCUUCUGUUCAGUACGUCUGCCUUUCUCACCUGACAUAUCUGAGACUGUUGCUGCUAGUGAUCACUUCCUAGUCUGGUAGUAUAUCUGUGUCUGUGUGUGAGUUGAUGCUUUUUUUGCACAGUGUGCAGUGGCAGUGGUGCUCCCAGUGGGACACCAGAAGGUUGUGGGUUCAGGCUCCACUCAUAAAACAUCCAGUUUGAGAGAAAGGAAUAUCCUCUCCCCCUAGCCAAUCAGAAAGGGAGACACUGUCGAUGUAUGAUUGGCACAGUGCUUUGUCUGUUCUCCUCAGCGGUCUGCUAGUGUCAGCCAGGAGUCAGUCAACUCAUUUUACACAUUUGCAUGAAGUGAGCUUUUCUGAAGUUUCCAUGAAGUGCUGGGCCUUUAAUACAAGUGUAAUAAUUAUACUUUGUUUAUUUCUUUCUGCUUAUUCAUCCAUGCCCAAUUUUGAAUAUUUGUCUUCUGGCACUGUGGCUGCCAUUCAUGUUUUGCUUUUGUUUCUCUGUGACUCCAACAGUAGGAAGUAAUGGUAAAAUCACUUUUAUAGCUCGCAAAUGUCAUUCUUCAUUGGUCAGGAAGCAGAGCUCCUCUAUGUCUGCCAUCCUGGUCCUCACCCAACAUUACCAGUGACUUUACACACAUUUAACGUGCUACUAUUUAACUAUAGUUAUUACAGAUGUUAAAUUCUUAAAGUUACUUAGUUAAUAGUUCCACAUGCAGAGGUUCCACAUGCAGAUGGUGUUGGACUGUGUAGUUCUGUAUAGUGCAUGUAUUAAGAGGGCAUUACACUUUGGUCUUAAAACCGCAAGCAGCAGAAGUUCAGUCGUGUUGACUGACUCAGACUGGAAAAACACCUUGAGCUUCCUGAGACACUGUACUUUUAAUAAGCUGCCAUUUUAUUUUCUGUAAAUUGCAUCCACAAGCUGCAGGGGGACGUUAGAGCCUUUUCAACAGAAGUUUUGCCAAAUGUAAAAAAACAAAUGUUUAAAAAAUAUUUCUUUGGACUAUUUUAUGUUUUUAACUUGAUGUUUUAAUUGAUUGUGAAACAUGUCAUGCGAUCUUGAACUGGGUAACAUUGAUAUGCUGUGGAUGUUGGAAGCAUCAUUGCCUUUUUUAUACAAGCGUGUAUGUAUGUAUGUACUGUAUAUUUGACACUAGGCUGACAUACCAUUAUUCACUUAAAUGGUUGUCAUUGAUUUAAGUGGUUGCCAUGGUUGGUGGCAUGUCGCAAUAAUAAGUUAAUGGACGGAGCUUUCAGGUUUGGCACCACUGUUCUGUUAUUAUUGUGUGGGUAUACAUGUGUGUGUAUUUGUUUCUGCCGUUGUGUGAGUGAACUAGAGAGCUUUACACACCCAGAAGAAAUGGUUCCAAAAGACUCACCUGUGUCUCCGUAGAGCAGGGCUGCCCAACACUGUUCCUGGAGAUCUAUAAUAAAAUACUGCAGAGGACACUUACUGAAACUGGAUUUUAGAAAGAAGCUUAACAACCCUUUAGGGAAAUGAUUGACUGGUGUGCAGUGUUGUAUUUAUCCAGUGGAAACACAAACCAUCUCCAAAAUAGUGCAGACAUCAUAGCUGCCUUGUUUGACUGAUGAGAAAUUAGACCUUGUCUUCAACCUUGUCUUGGGUGGAGCUCCCAUGUGCUGUAUUUCACUGGCAGUCUGGCACUGAUCAACCAGUCAUUUGCACCUUUUGUUAGGUUCAUGAAGCUUCAUUCUCCCAUCAGUUACGAGUAUCAUACUCAAAUUCAAGUUGCAUUCAUUAAAUAACUACAAAAAAGAUGAUUUAUGCAGAAAUGCAUAUUCAAAUAAGCUUGUUUCAGGAAUUGCAAAACCUAUAGUCUGUGUAACACCAUUUCUGAGGACUGGAUUUAUUAAGGCUGUAGUCUUUUUGCUGGUGCAAAAAAAUGGUAUAGGGAACCAGGGUGGUUACAUCUGCUAAACGUUAUUGGUCCAACAUGAACGCAUAUGUAAAAUAGGGCGUAUGUAUGACUUAUCAUUAAUAAAAUCUUUUUUUUAAUAUGUCUGACUGGGCUCAGUCUAGUGGAAGGAGUCUACAGGUUUCACACGGUUUUUGAAUUGCAAAUUCCUGGUUCCCCACCCUCUUUUUACCAGGGAGUCAUGUGUGAAGACAAUCAGUUACACAAAUUACCCCGAAAACCAGGAAUUCGUAUCCAAGACCAUGUGAUGCUGCUCCAUAUUUGUAAUAUCAUCUCGGCAAUGACUCAAAUAUCCAAGACCAAGUUUUUCUGAGAUUGUGUGAUGCACACAAAAUCAAAGAUCUGUCCCACAUUGGUUUUUGAACAUUUCUUAAGAGCAAAAGUAAGAAGAAGAAUGGUCUAUGGAAACUUGGAUGGAUAGAUGUUUCGGCUACUUUCUUGCAAGUCGGCUGUAUGUUUUCCCUGCCCUUUUCCUUAGCCUGAAAUAUAAGAGGAUGCGUGCUUUGAUAUUGUAUAAUCGCACAUUCGUUUAAGCCUCUAAUGCAAGCUGGAGUGCUAUGGACUUUUUUAUGGGCUCUGGGCUCUGCACAGAAAGUGCAUGUGCUUCCAAAAUGUAGGAGCACACUAGUGUGUCCCAAUUAGUACAUGUGCUCCUACAGUUAAUUAUUUUUCAGGUUAGCACACAUCAAUUUUCAGGAGCAAAUGCUACGAUGGAAAUCACUGUGGAGCCCUGAAAUCCAAUUUUUAAAACCCUAAAUCAAAGUACUCAUUGCUAGCUUUAAUUAUAAUUUUGUGCAAAUGGAAACAGAUUCUGAGAAUUAUUCCUAUAAUUUUCAAUUAAGGUACUGCCCAAAUACAAGAGUACAGUGUUUUUUAAUGAUGAAGCUUGACUUUAUUUGACAGUAAAUCUAUCAGACCACAUUCAUCUUUUGUCUCCGACAUUGUUUUUCAAAAUAAAUUAUUUGUGACUUU